AUGGGCUAUUACAUCUAUGGCUGGCGGCAUGUGCCAGUGGAUGUGUCCUGUCUGGGUGAAAAGGCGAAUGCAACGCGGCCCGAGAUUGAGCAGAUAUUGAUCUCCAAUUCCAAAGGUGUGGAUGAGGAGCAAUUCGAGCGUGAGUUGUAUGUUAUUCGGCGUCGGAUUGAGAAGGCUGUCUCGAAGGCGGCUGUAAACGAUUUUUAUGUGUGUUCGUUGUCGUGUCGGUCGGUGAUUUACAAAGGCAUGAUGUUGGCCGAGCAAGUGGCGGUGUUUUACCCCGAUUUGCAGGACGAACGGUUCGAAAGCGCAUUUGCGAUCUAUCACCAGCGGUAUUCGACGAACACAUUUCCGCAGUGGUGGUUGGCGCAGCCGUUCCGCAUGUUGGCGCACAACGGUGAGAUUAAUACGUUAAAAGGCAACUCUAACUGGAUGAAAUCCCGCGAGAUUCGGAUGGCGUCCAAGAACUUUGGUGAGCAUGCCGAGGAUAUUAAGCCGAUCAUUGCGGGUGGGUCUUCGGAUUCUGCCGCGCUCGAUUCAGUGUUCGAAGUGAUGGUGCGUGCGGGGCGCAAUGCGCCGAUGGCGAAGACUAUGCUGAUCCCUGAAAGCUGGUCAAAUCUGAGCCAUGAGAUGCCAGAUGCGUGGAAGGAUAUGUACGCCUAUUGCAACAGUGUGAUGGAGCCGUGGGACGGCCCUGCGGCGUUGGCGAUGACCGAUGGGCGCUGGGUUGUGGCGGGGCUGGAUCGUAACGGUCUGCGCCCCAUGCGAUAUGUCUUUACGAACGAUGGUUUGGUGAUUGCUGGGUCCGAGGCGGGCAUGGUGCCUGUGGAUGAGGCAAAUGUCGCCGAAAAGGGUGCGUUGGGGCCGGGGCAAAUGCUUGGCGUUGAUAUGCAAGAGGGUCAGGUCUGGCAUGAUGCGGAGUUGAAAGACUCGCUGGCUGAGGCGCGUCCAUUUGGGGAUUGGGUCGGGUCGAUUUCCAAUUUGGAAGACGUGACUGCAUCCAUCAAAGAAAAGGCGAUGUAUGACGGGGGCGCGUUGCGCAAACGUCAGAUCGCUGCGGGCUUUACCGUUGAAGACCUAGAGGUGAUUUUGCACCCGAUGGCGGAAGAUGCGAAGGAAAGCAUCGCGUCGAUGGGGGAUGAUACACCAAGCGCGGUUUUGUCGGAUAAGUACCGCCCGCUGAGCCAUUUCUUCCGUCAGAAUUUCAGCCAAGUCACCAACCCGCCAAUCGACAGCCUGCGCGAAUUUCGAGUGAUGAGCCUGAAAACACGGUUCGGGAAUUUGGGCAAUGUAUUGGACGAAAGCAACGAGCAGACAGAGAUCCUCGUGCUCGACAGUCCGUUUGUGGCGAACGCGAAGUUCGAAGCGAUGGUGGAGCAUUUCGGCGACAACGUAACGGCGAUUGAUUGUACGUUUGAUCGGGGUGCGGCCAAUGGGUUGCGUGAUGCGGUGCAUCGUAUCCGAUCCGAAGCGGAAGAGGCCGUUCGGUCUGGCGCUGGGCAUUUGGUUCUGUCGGAUCGUAGGCAGGAUGCAGAUCACGUUCCUGUGCCGAUGAUCCUUGCGACAUCUGCGGUACAUUCGUGGCUGACGGCAGCGGGUUUGCGGACAUUCUGUUCGAUCAACGUGCGCUCUGCCGAAUGUAUGGACCCGCAUUAUUUUGCAGUGUUGGUUGGCUGUGGCGCGACCACGGUAAACGCCUAUUUGGCGCAGGACAGCUUGGCGGAUCGCAUUGAGCGCGGCUUGCUCGAUUGCAGCCUUGACGUGGCGAUGGAACGAUAUCGUGAAGCGAUCAAUCAAGGCUUGCUCAAGAUCAUGGCGAAGAUGGGGAUUUCUGUGAUCUCCUCUUAUCGCGGUGGGCUGAAUUUUGAGGCCGUUGGUUUGAGCCGCGCGAUGGUUGCGGAGUUUUUCCCAGGUAUGCAUUCGCGCAUUUCUGGCAUUGGCUUGGUGGGUAUCCAGCGCAAGGCGAAUGAAGUGCACGCGAAGGGUUGGCUCGGUCAACAAGACGUGCUGCCGAUUGGUGGCUUUUACAAAGAACGCCGUUCGGGUGAAAAGCACGCGUGGGAAGCGCAGAGCAUGCAUUUGCUGCAAGCGGCCUGUGAUCGUGCGUCCUUUGAUCUUUGGAAGCAGUAUUCGAAAAAGAUGCAGUCCAAUCCGCCGAUCCACUUGCGUGAUUUGUUGGAUUUCACAUCGACGGCAAAUCCGAUUUCAGUGGAUGAGGUGGAGAGCAUCACGUCCAUUCGCAAACGCUUUGUGACGCCUGGUAUGAGCCUUGGCGCACUGUCGCCUGAGGCGCAUAAAACGUUGAAUGUCGCGAUGAACCGCAUCGGGGCCAAGUCCGAUAGUGGCGAGGGUGGCGAAGACCCCGCGCAUUUCGUGCCAGAGCCGAAUGGGGAUAACCCAUCUGCGAAGAUCAAGCAGGUGGCGUCUGGUCGGUUUGGCGUGACGGCGGAAUAUUUGAACCACUGUGAAGAGCUGGAAAUCAAGGUCGCGCAGGGUGCGAAACCUGGUGAAGGUGGGCAGUUGCCAGGGAUCAAGGUGACGGACCUGAUCGCGCGGUUGCGCCACUCCACAAAGGGCGUGACGCUGAUUUCACCGCCGCCGCACCACGAUAUCUAUUCGAUCGAGGAUUUGGCGCAGCUGAUUUAUGACCUGAAACAGAUUAACCCGCGCUGUAAGGUGACGGUGAAGCUGGUGGCAUCAUCUGGUGUUGGCACAAUUGCGGCAGGUGUGGCCAAGGCGAAAGCGGAUAUCAUUCUGAUUUCGGGGCACAAUGGCGGGACGGGGGCAUCCCCUGCCACAUCCAUCAAAUACGCGGGUUUGCCGUGGGAAAUGGGCCUGUCCGAAGCACACCAAGUUUUGGCGAUGAACAACCUGCGGGAUCGCGUGACAUUGCGCACCGAUGGCGGUUUGCGCACGGGGCGUGACAUUGUGAUUGCAGCGAUGCUGGGGGCCGAGGAAUACGGCAUCGGCACGGCGGCACUGAUCGCGAUGGGCUGUAUCAUGGUGCGUCAAUGUCAGAGCAAUACAUGCCCUGUUGGGGUCUGUGUUCAAGACGAGGAUUUGCGCAAGAAGUUCACGGGCACAGCGGAUAAAGUUGUGAACCUGAUCACGUUCUAUGCGCAGGAAGUGCGGGAGGUUCUUGCGGGCCUUGGGAUGCGGUCGCUCGACGAGGUUAUCGGCCGUGCUGAUAUGCUGGCACAGGUUUCGCGUGGGUCUGCGCAUCUGGAUGAUCUGGAUAUGAACCCGCUGUUGAUUAGCGUCGAUGGGGCACAGCAGAUCAAAUACGACCGCAAUCGUCCGCGUCAGGUUGUGCCUGAUACGCUCGAUGCGGAUAUCGUGCGCGAUGCUGAGCCGUUCUUUAAGGAUGGGGAGAAGAUGCAGUUGUCCUAUGCGGUGCAGAACACGCAUCGUACCAUCGGGACGCGGGUGUCGAGCCAUAUCGUGCAACGAUUUGGGAUGAACAACAGUCUGCAAGCCAAUCAUUUGACUGUAAAAUUAUCAGGCAGCGCUGGGCAAUCUUUGGGCGCUUUUGCAGCCCCCGGAUUAAAGUUGGAAGUGUCUGGCGAUGCCAAUGAUUACGUUGGUAAGGGCCUGUCGGGCGCCACAAUUGUUGUACGUCCACCCUUGGCGUCACCGCUGGUGGCGGCAGAGAACACGAUCAUCGGAAACACGGUUCUGUACGGUGCGACCGCUGGGCGUUUGUUUGCCAAUGGUCGCGCGGGUGAACGGUUUGCGGUGCGCAAUUCUGGUGCGACUGUGGUGAUCGAAGGUUGCGGCACAAACGGGUGUGAGUACAUGACCGGUGGUGUGGCUGUGAUCCUUGGGUCUGUGGGCGCGAACUUUGGAGCGGGGAUGACAGGCGGCAUGGCCUAUGUCUAUGACCCAGAGGGACAGUUCGAUAACAUGCUGAACCGCGAAACCUUGGUGACGGCAUCCGUGGUCGAGGGGCAUUGGGAAGAUCAGUUGAAGAGCUUGAUCGAGGAUCACUUGGCCGAAACAGGUUCGGCGAAGGCUGCGGAUAUUCUGCGGUUAUGGUCCGAGGAGAAGGGCAACUUUGUUCAGGUCUGUCCCAAGGAGAUGCUUGCACAUUUGCCAGCACCUUUGGCGGAAGAAACAGGCGCGAAGUCUGCUUGA